AUGGCUGAAGAUUCCAAGCUUUGGGAUGUCAUCUGUGAUGGACCUUUUGUUCCUACCAAGACUGUUGGCGACCCAGCUGUAACUAUUCUCAAAACGAGAAAGGAAUUCAAUGACGCUGAUCGAGAGGCCAUAGAAAAGAAUUUUCGUGCAAUUUUUUUUUUAUCAGCAAAGGAAAUAUGGGAAGCUCUUCAAACAGCUCAUGAGGGAACAACACAGUUCAAGCAAUCAAAGAUUGAUAUGCUUACAAUUGAAUAUGAACUUUUUAGGAUGAAAGAUGAUAAAUCCAUCCAAGACAUGCAUAUUCGGUUCACCUCUAUCAUCAAUGAGCUUCACUCUCUUGGAGAAUCAUUCCAAGAAACAAACUUUUCAGGAAAAUACUUAGUGUCAUGCCCAGCUCCUGGGAAAGCAAAGUGA